UUGAGGCUAGUGCGUAAAGAAUAAAAAAAUUCACGAUCCCCGUUUUCUGGUCCGGUGAGAAAAAUUCAAAAACAGUACGGAUUGAGUGGACGCCUCGUGCUGAUUAGUUAGUAUCACACUUUGGUGUGUCAGCGGAACGGAGAGUCUCCUCUCGCAACGUAAAAAUUAUCCCAUUAGACGGAAGCUAGGAUUCCCCUGAGAUGAGUUAUAACGUGAUUAUUUCAAACUGGUGCUACUGGGUAACGCUGGAGUUGGAAAGACUUGUAUUUUCUUUAGAUUGGCAGAGAAUAAAUACAUGGAAAACACUACCGCAACAAUCGGUGCAGAUUCUAAAACUAAAACCAUCCAACUGGAUGGCGAAACAAUAGAAGUGCUAAUUUUGGACACCGCCGGUCAGGAGCGCUACCGUUCGAUGGCACCCUGGUAUUACCGACAAGCGGACGGUAUCAUCAUUGUGUACGAUUGCACGAAUAAGAAAUCGUUUGACAGCGUGAACUCGUGGCUGAAGGAAAUUGAUGAACAUGCCAAUGAAAACGUCACCAAACUGCUGGUGGGCAACAAAUGCGAUCUACAGACACAGAAGGUAGUCGAUACGACUACUGCUAUGGAGUAUGCAAAUCAGCUCGCCAUUCCAUUUCUGGAGACGUCCACCAAGAACGCAACCAACGUGGAGCAGGCGUUCAUGACGAUGGUAUCGGAGAUGAAGAAUCGCCGCGGUAGCUCUUCGAUGAGCGUAGAAAAAGUGCCUAAUGUCAUCAGGAUCGUCGAGAACCGCAACAUCAAGUCACCUUCCACUUGUUGUGUGUGAGAGACUUCUCAUGGAAUAAUAAUAAUAAUAAUAAUAAAAGGAAAGUCAGAGUAGAGUCGGUGUAUAAUGAGUCACGCCAAGAGUGAAGCCAAGUCUACCUAUUGAACUGUCAAACCGGCUACCUAUCGUGCAAAGUAAACAAACAUUACGAUGAUAUGAAAGGUCCACGAAAGGUAUUGCAAUAAAAUAUAAAAUAUAAUCGAAGAAAUGAUCAUACACACGCAGUGAGCAUUAAAUUGUCAUGGGAUACGUUUGGUAAUGAUCAGAAAUGAGAAUUUCUUCUUUUUUUUUAUUAAGAUAAUUUGACAAAAUCACUUAUAUAACGAUUUACUACAGCCGCUAUUUUUUUUUCUCGCUAGAAGUCAUUUCAAGUUGAUGUAGAAAUCUUCUGUUGCCAAGUGAAAAGAAAGGGAAUCUUUCGAAAACCGUGAUGCAAGUUCAACUGUUUUUCUCUUGGCGUGACUCAUUAUACACCGACUCUAAGUCAGAGGAAUGAGACUAUGAGCAUGAGCAGUAGACCAAUAUUUUAAAUUUUCCCUCCACACAGUGCUUAAACGGUUUUAAAUCGGGUCCUGAUUAGCCUCCCAAAAUUAGAAACAGACUGUUUUAAG